ACACCCACCCCGGCGCUCACUCGCUCCCAGCCCCCGGGAGCGCCUAUCUGCUUCGGUCAAUGGCUGUGGGUGUCUCCGGCGCUGGCGAGUGCCUGCCCGCCUUGCCCCGAUGCUCGAUAAGCUGCCUCGCCUUACUGGGCAUGCCCGCUCCGUUUCUAUAUAAAACCCGCCGGAGUUAAUCCCUGGACAUUCCCCGGCUCCUUCCACCCCGCCCCUCGCCAUCGGAUUGCGCUGGAUCGCGCCGCUCGCCCGGCCUCAGCAUCGCCCGCAGAUCCGCACGAGAGCUGCGCUUGCCGCUGCGCUGCAACAAGGUAACGGGGGGGGGGCGGCGGGGGUGCACGUUGGGUUUCUCUCCCAGCCCCGGGUGGGUCUCGGGCGCCUUUCCCGCCCGGAGUGAGGCCCGGAUCGGGGGGUUGGGGGAGGGGGCGGCGCUGGCGCCCGGGGGUCGCGCGAGCGCAGCCUGUUGCUGGAGAGGACAGGGAAGAAAGGGGGUCGGCCGGGACCACGUGUGUGUGUGUGUGCGCGUGUGUGCGCGCGCGGCUCGCUUGAAGAACUGCGGUGCGCCUGGUAAGCAGGACGGACGGAGCGGUAGUCAUGCCAUUCCCUUCUCAUGUAAGUCUCCCCUCGGUUACAAUGGGCCACCUGGAAUUGGUGCAACCUGUUUUUAUUAUGCCUGCUGCUGCGAGAAGCGCGCGGAUCGCCCUGCAGGUCGCGGAGGGAGACGGGAGGCGGGUUGCGGGAAGCACAAAGCUGAGGGACGUGCAGUAAGGCUGCUGCUCUUCUGCCUGGCGGUGGGGGGCAGGGAAAGGGGCUUCUCGAGCGCCUGGCGGGGUCCCUGCUUGACCCGAAGUCCCGCCCACACGGGCCGCCUCCGCCAAUCGCCCUGCUCCUGGGCGUCCCCCCCCCCUUUCCUUUUCUUUUUUAGAAUUGGCUGGGGAAUAAAAGCAUCAAGUUCCUAUGGACAAAAAAGGUUGGGCAAGGCUAGGAUCCCCAGCUGAUGCAACUGGGCACUGGCUUCAAGGGAGCCUGCGGGCAUCUUGAUGCUUACACUGGUGUAGGAAUAUCGGCACGCGAAAUCGUCGCCUGAAUUUUUUUCUCUUUUUGCUCGAUUAAAACGGUCUGGAGUAACUCCCCCCACACCGCCCCACGCCUGUUCUCACCUCCCCUUGCAGAUUGGACGCGCUAUUUCUCCUGCACAUAAGCAGGAGCUGAAAUGGGGGGGGGGGGGAGGUAUACAUUCAAAGCCCUCCCUCUUCCUCCUUGGUGUGUGCUAACAAAAGGAAGGUGGUGCUGGGAAGUGCCAAGGGCUUAUGCUUAGAACAUAGAUGCAGGCAACUUUCUGCAUUCCCCAUGGGAGUCUUGGAAAGCUUCUUUUGGCGUUAAGUGAGAUACACACACAGAGAGAUAAUUUAACACAAAUACACAAAUAUUAUACACACAGAGAGAAAUUUGAAACAACCCUGGAAUUAUUCCCCCUUACCAGUACAGUGGUACCUCGGGUUACAUACGCUUCAGGUUACAUACGCUUCAGGUUACAGACUCUGCUAACCCAGAAAUAGUACCUCAGGUUAAGAACUUUGCUUCAGGAUGAGAACAGAAAUCGUGUGGCAGCAGCAGGAGGCCCCAUUAGCUAAAGUGGUGCUUCAGGUUAAGAACAGACCUCCGGAACGAAUUAAGUACUUAACCCGAGGUACCACUGUAAUAGGAAGCCAGCUGUGCAGACUUUGUGCUACGUACAAGGGCCCCACAGUCGUCCUCCACCAUGUGGCUAGGUGGACUUAGGGUAGGGGACCGGAAGCCCUGCAUAUGAGCCAUUUGAUCCAUGCCACAGCCCAAGCUCCAUGAAAGAUGUGCCCUUGCCGUAAUUCUUCCUCGGUGAAUUUGACAAUGUACAGGUAUUUCUGUUUACCGUUUUCCCCAUGCCUGUGGCCUAAUUUUACCCAACCAGAUCAAAUAGUUAUGAGACAUCUUCACCCUUCCAGCUGGUGAGUUGAAGACCUGCCAAGCGGGCUCUUAUCUGUGAGUCUCCAGGCUUGUGGCAGUGGGUGCUGGGGGCAGCGUGGCACAAGAAAUUAAGGCAGCAGUGAGCUUGGAGAGAAGGCUGGGAAAGCUCAGCGGGUGGGGAGAGCUGCUGCUUUGCAUGCCAAAGUCCCAGGUUGACUCCCUGGCAUCUCCAGGUAGAUCAAGGAGAAACCCUGAAAGAUGCAGAGUUGCUGUUGGUCAGUGUAGACAGUUCUGAGCUAGACAAACCAAAAGUCUGACUUGGUAAAAGGCAGCACCUUAUGUCCCUAGAUGCAGCCCCUGCAUAAAAGUCCUAAAGAACAGGAGCGCUCCAUGGGUGUCUCUCCUCAGUGAAGCUGUUGGGUCUGCAGGUAAUGAUUGAUUAAUUAUAUUACCUUGCAGUUGCCAACUGUGGGGAAGCCAUUCCACUGUUUAUAUGUAAACCAUUGACUGUAAAGUAUCCCGUGUGGAAUAAACUUAACACAAUAGGGAUCUCUGUCUUUCUUCUUUGGCGAUCACUCCUAGCAGAGUAAGAUUGUCUUCCAUGAACUUGGUCUCCAAUGGACUUGUUAACAGCAUUCAGGAAGUGAUAGAAGUUUGUUUAUUUAGGGGCUUUAUAUCCUUCUCUUCACCACAUGGUCUCAGGGCAAGUUGCUGAUCGCUACACAGAGCCUGGCGUGCUCUGGUCCAUGGGGUCACGAAGAGUCGGACGUGACUAAACAACAACAACACAGAGUAAAAAAAAAUUAUUAUUUUUUAAAUCACAAUAUACAAGUUCCUUUAUUAGAUGAACACAAUGCCACUACUGUGCUUUGAGGGCUUCAUCAACAGUGAACCCUGAAAUUGGGGUCCCCUCCAGACCUUUUGUAUGGUUUUGUAGGGCAAACUCUGUGUUUUGUAGGGCCCCCCAAACUGAGAAAUUGAAACAUUAAUCCGGAGUUUGUGGUUAACACCCAGAAAUCCAACAUUGUCCACUUCACUCUCAAAUUUCAGGGUUCAUAGUUAAUGAAGCUUGCUUUGAGGGUCCCCAGCAUUGGUGCCCAUUGCAUCUCAAGUUCUCUCACCAUGGAGACACUUCUGAUAUUAUCUUGGGGGGCAAAUGAAAUGGUGCCUUGUGGUUACCACAGCCAAAGGAAUAUGUAAUCUCAGGUGAGAAAAUAUAUUAAACUUUGGGUGGUGGCACUUUUGCAUCCUGGAAAGGUAAUAUUGGGAUGACACUCCCGAAAAAGGUUUUAGUCGGUUGACCUCUGUCAAAUAUUUUCAAGGAAUGAUAAAGUAUAUUUAAAGCACUAACUUCAUUAGAACAACUAAUGAACAACUAAUUUCAUUAACUGUUACUGUGAAACAAUGAAAAUAACAUAAAAAACCAGUUAUAACAUAUUGCUAUAAAUUUUAAGUACGGUAGCAAAGGGUCCUAUAAUAGUGAAUUAUUCACAUUCCCUUUGGUGGUAAUGCUGGUACCUCAGUCAGCCUGCAGCUAUACCUUAAACAAAAUUAAAACAGAAAUAAAGUAGAAGUAACUAUAAAAGAAAAAUGCUAUCAAAAGUCAGUUUCUAAAGGAAGCUGUGUUAAGUAGGCAGCAGACCAGUUCCUCAGGCAUCAACUCUGAUUCUUAAGGCAAGCAAGAUGGAGUCAUGGACCGUCCUAGGUAGCAACUGUUGCUAAUAUUUGGAGAUGCCUGCAGUUCCAGCUGGUGGCCAACGGGAGGAGCUUGGCUUUGCUGCAAGGCUUGUCCAACACAGUACUGUACUGCUUCCAGGGGUUUUAUUUGGGGGAGGGGGUUAGGCAUGGUCCUUUCAUUGGGUCCCCCUUAAUGCACCUGCCCCCUCCUCUCUAUUAUUGCUGGCACCCAUUAGUUUGCCUCUCCCUCUGGGUCCUAGUGCACACCAUCACAUAGAGGGGGAAGACAAAGCAUGUUCCUGCCCUUUUUUCUCACUGCUUGCCUGCUUGCCUGGAGAGGGCAAGUGAACAGGCAGCAGCAAAGCAGAGGAGCUGGGCUAUAAAGCUCCAGCGAUUGGCAAGGGGCUCCCACACCUGACCGUGGCUCUGGGUUUGGCCCCAGGAACUUCUGCGUGAUCAAAGGCAACCUACCCUUCACUCUUGCUGUUGCUAAGAAACGACACCCUAAUGAAAUUUUUAAAAAGAAUAAGGUGCCCUCUACAUAGUGGCAUUCUUGACUUCAUGAAAUAGUUGAUGGCAGUCAGAUAAUAGACAUUCAAUUCAGUGCCAUUCCAAUUCCUAGAUGCAGGCUUGAAGAGCGAAGAUUUUCAAGUGGAGCUGAAAUAAAGAAUGGUCUUUAGAAUAAUUAAAAUCCAAAGUUAUUUUUCCUCGGACAAGUACUCGCACUUUUACUGAAUCUACAUUACUCAUCACAUGAUAGCUGCAGCCAACACUUUACACAAAGUUGUUGAAUGAUCACAGAUCAUUCCCUGCUUUCACUUUAGAUAAGAGCCAAACAAUUGAAAAAGCUGCUGGUAAGCCAGUGGUUGGGAGCAGCGACUUACCCCUUGUCUCUGGCAAGUAAGAGGCACCUCCAGGUAGUGUAGCUUUUUGGAAAUCAUAAAAAAAUGCUCUCCUUUUUCAUUCAGACAAUUUCCAGAGGGGAAGUUGGGUUAGUCUGUUGGAGCAAAAUCAACAAAGAACACUGUGGUGCCUUAAAGACUAAUCAAUCUAUUGUGGCAUAUGCUUUCAUGAACUAAAGAUGAGCAGAUGCAUAGUAGUUAAGAGUGUCAGUUUAGGAUUGGGGAGAGACCCGGGUUCAAAUCCCCCUCAGUGAACAGCUUUGGGGCAGUCACAGUUUCUUAGGCUAAAAUAUGUGUGUGUGGGGGGGGUAACCAAGUACUCCAUCUUGAGCUUAAAGAAGGAAAGAUGGAAUAGAAAUGUCAUAAAUAAACCUCCUAAACAUGGCACGGCGCGGGGGGAGAUACAAAUAUAUACGCACUAUACCUUUAAAGCACUUUUGAAGCACAUUCCUUUCCUCAAAGGAUUCUGGGAACUGUAGUUUGUUAAGGGAUGCUGGGAAUUGUACCUCUGUGAGGAGUAAACCACAUUACCCAGAAUUCUUUGAGGGAAGUAAGGUAUUUUGAAUGUGCUUACAGAUACAGUGUGUACACAACCCUAGUUUCAUGCAAGUGGUAAGGAGUGGGAAAGCAGGUGACAGACAGAGAGAGAAAAAGGAGUGGCCCUACCCACUUUGACUCUCACUCUGCCUACUGCCAUUAUGUGACCCUUGUCAGAUGACACUGAGGGAAUGCAGCCCUGGAAAGGAGACAAAAAGGGUUGCCCACCCCUGGUGGAACAGGCUCAAGCUGCAUAAGCAUAGGAAGCUGCUUUGUGGAGUCAGGUGUUAACCUCAGUUUGUUUAUCCAGUUUUUACUUGGGAUUCAUUUGAUUUGAAGUAAACCUUUGUUUCCAGCCGCACUGCAGAUGUGACAUACAUGCCACCAACCACCAAGUUGCAUCAGCACAUUACUCAAUGCCAGUUUCCCAAACAACAAUUUAUGAAUUAGGUUUUCAUAACAAUGAAACGGCAAGCUAAAACUUCUGAUAUGAAUGUUUUCCAUUUUAAGGAGAGAUGCAAACACAUCCCCAGAUGGUUUGGGGAAAUCAUCCAGUCUCCUGGUGGUCAUUUAAACUUUACUUAGCUCGAUAAAGUAGGCUUAGGGCAGUUCGGGACUAAAAGCACACAUUGCCUUUGGUAAAGUGAGUCAAUAUGUGUGGUUUGCCACCCAAACUCAGAGAUGCCAACGGACAAGGAAAGCUGGCCUCAUCUGCUCUUCGCAGCAGGUUAAGCAACAGGGGGAAGAAGGGGAAAAUAAAAUUUUAAGACCAGGAGAUCUCAUCAUGAUCACCAGCUAAUGUCAAAAGCUUUGUGGGGCCAGUAGAAAACUGUCAGCCUUGCUGCCAAGAUCAUUUGCAACCCAUCCAGUUUAAUAUGCCUGGCAGGAAAACAGUAGAUGACAGUCGAUGAUUUAUCACACUCUAUGUCUCAUAGAGGGAGAGUGCAUAAAUCCUAAAUACCAUUUCUGCAUAAAUCCUAAAUACCAUUUCCUGCCGUGAGCAGGUGCUUGCUCACCUAGGCUGCUGUAUUGGGCAUGGCUACUCACUAUGGUGGAGGGCAGCACACUACUUGCUACAUCAACCCAGUAAGGUAGUCCCCUAGUAACAGGUGACAUUCUUUCCUCACUCCCCUCCCCUCCCUCUCUGCUUGCCACCACCUGUUUAAUGUCACCUAGGGCAAGGGGAUUCUCACUGCCUCAAGGUGCUCUAUUCAGGAGUAAAGGAACAAUCAGCUGAAUUCCAGCUCUCCUGCUUGGCCAUCUCAGCCCAUCUCCUCUUCAGAUAUUCCAGGUACUUUAAGAACUAAUAGCCUAACCGAGAAGGUUUAAUCAAUGAGGGGGGCAGGGGACAGCCAGCUCUUGAGUGUGUCCAGAAAUUCACAAAUCCAAAACAGUGAAUGUCCAGAAUCAAAAUGAAAAUCAAACAGCACACCAGGAUGUUGGUCUAACUCUACACCAGGCAAAGCUAACAGAACAAUGGUUUGUUAUUGGUGGCAAGAGGGGAAACAGAUCACAUGGACCAUGCAUUUAUGGUCUUUUAUGCCAAGGUGGCUUGGAGUGACAGGUUGCUAAGCCCAGCCAAUCAUAGGAUGGCCAUGCACUUCAGGAAGGAGUGCUUCACACUUCUGGGAAAGUUGAGAGGUGGGCUGUUAACUGCUGCUGGAUCUGUCCACUUCUGCUGUGAGGUGACACUGAUGUGUCUUGGAAGAGGAGACGUGACUUUUCCGCCUGGAUGUAAUAAAGAACUGGGCAAUCCCAAAGUGACAGGAUGGGGUGGGCAGAGCCAUACUCCACCGUUCAGCCAUUUCUGUUUGAAGGGAAGCAUGUGAUGGCACAGCCCUAAAAUAACCUGCACCACCCAUUUUAACACAGGGAUGUUUGUGCUACUGCAAGAACUUCCAGUGGGAAAUAAAUUGGAGUUAACACCAAACGCCUGCCAGGUAAUGUGUAAACUGCAAAUCACCUCUCUUGGUAAGUUCUGCAGCAGCAAAGCAGCUGCGCAGUCCUGGCAGAAAUGCAGGUGACAUUUUCCCUAAAGAAAUGGAUCUAUCCCUUAAAACAAAUGAAGCCUGACUGCAUGCUCCCUUGCCUCACCUAAAAAAGGUAAAGGGACCCCUGACCAUUAGGUCCCGUCGUGACCGACUCUGGGGUUGUGGCGCUCAUCUUUUUUUUUUAAAAGGAUAUUUAUUCCAAUUUUAAGAUUACAAAAAGAAAGAAAAAACCAUACAAAAAAGAAUAAAACAUAUUACAAAAAACAGACAAUAAGAAAAACUCAACAAAAAAUAGAAAUACAUUACAAUAAAGUAUAACAAAAAUCAAAUUAAACCUUUACAACCUUUUUCCCUUUUACUUAUUUCCGUGACUUCCUCUCACUUCCCCGCUUUGUAUUCUAGUUUAAAUCAUAUUUCCAGCAAAUCCUUCUAACCUUCUUUUCAUUUACUUAUUUUAACAUUCAAUAAUGUAUUUAAUCCUCCUCUAUCCUCAGUUUCUACACUUCAUUUUUACUUAAUCCAUUAUACCAUAUCUGCCAAAACGGCCUAAUAUUCUUGCUCAUCUUGCUUUAUUGGCCGAGGGAGCCGGCGUACAUGUGGCCAGCAUGACUAAGCCGCUUCUGGCGAACCAGAGCAGUGCACGGAAACGCCGUUUACCUUCCCGCCGGAGCAGUACCUGUUUAUCUACUUGCACUUUGACGUGCUUUCGAACUGCUAGGUUGGCAGGAGCAGGGACCAAGCAAUGGGAGCUCACCCCAUCGCAGGGAUUCGAAUCACCGACUUUCUGAUCGGCAAGUCCUAGGCUCUGUGGUUUAACCCACAGCGCCACCCGCGUCCCUUGCCUCACCUAGUGAACUGAUAAUUAACCUUUGGGCUUUCAGUGAUUAUUUAGCAGCCAAUUCAAACUGUUAUUCUUUGUACUAGAUAACAGGUUCUCUUGACAAAAAAUCAUGCAGGCAGAAUUACUUCUUCCUUUGUAGAUUAAGUUCAAUAUGUGUGUGUGUACAUGGAUUACAGCUGUGCUUUUGCCACCAAGUACCCAUUUCACAUAGUUCAAUUUAGAUUAAAAUCUUACUAAUGGGCCCCAAUUUUUUUUUAAAAAAACUUAUUAAUGGAUUUACUAAUGAAUUAAUUACUUGAAUUAUUGAAGACUCAAGUAAUCCUUUCUACCCUAGCUAGACUUGGAAGCAAGAUUUUGCCAAAUUUAGAGCACUAAGUAGGUAGAGCUUCAAGCCUUAAUUGAUUAAUUGGUGAGAUUAAUCAACUAAAGCUUUAAUCACAGAUUAAAAAUUGAUCCCUGAUUCAUCAGUGGGACUCACAGCAAGUGAAGACUCAGGGAUUUAGGAUUUAAAAGACUUACUGCUGUAGAGACUGUAUUGGGGUGCUACUGCUCUUCUCGUUGCUGGUGAUUGUUGCCAUUACUAAGCUCAGCAGACCAAAUGUCAUAGCAGUAUAAGGCAUCUUGCUGUGUUCCUGUCUAGAUUGUCUAUAGGUUUUGAACAUGUCCAUUUUAAAGCUAUAAUUAUACUGUCACUUGGGAGAAUUCCAUAUCCACAGAUUUGAUGGUGAGCACAUGAAAGGAAUCGUCUACCGUCAGAUCAAUGGUAAUUUUGUUCAUUAAAUUCCAGGGUACCAGCCCUGCUGUAAAACAGUGCAUAGUGUCAUGUUGCCAAUCUGUGGAAGGGUGUGGCAGCAGUACGGCACACCAGGCAUCGCUAAGCUGGGAUGUUCCAGAUGUUCUGGACUACAAUUCCCAUCAUUCCCAACCAGCACAAUUUCACUGAUGCUGUUGGAAUUCAGGUAUCCUGUGAGCAGGACUGCAGCCAAUACCUUUAUGGUUGUGUGGGAUUCAUCAUUGCAGAGAUAGGAUUGCCUCUGGCUUAUAAGAAACCUUGGAGCUACAGUUGAUGUUUUCAUUGGUGGAAGUAACCCUACAUGUUUGUUAAUAUUCUUCCAGAUUCUGUCUGUUUCCCAGGUACUUCUUUAACAUAUCUGGAUGUAUGGGAGUAGCAUCCAAGAAUAGAAGGGUGAAGAGGGAAAGUGAUGCCUUACAGACUAGGGGAAAGUGCAGUGGGCUGAGAGCCAGGAAGUACUUUCCCCCCUGCAUGCUGUUUCAGCUCACACCUUCAGUGGCUCUCAUGUUACCUGCAAAGGGAAUGGGGAUAAGUAGUCUCCAUGUGCCUAAUAAGAAUAUUCAUAUACAGAAUGUGACAAAGAAUGGGAAAGUCUAGCUGUUAAAACCCCUUGAUCACAGCAAGCCCAUCUGUUAGGGAAUGGUUAUCUCAAUCAUUAAUGGUUGUUUCAGUAGUUAUUUAAAUCAAGGGUUCUCAGUCUUUUGGGACCUGAAGACAUAUUUGGAAAUUGCAGUAACUGCUGUAGGUGCCACAGGUGAUGCUCAGACCCCACCUCCCUCCAAACAGGUAAAACUGCCUCCCCAAAAUACAAAUAAAACGGGAGGGUUAAGGACACCACAUUGGAGACCCUAGGGAUAAACUAAUGAGAAGUAGACAAGCUGUACAAACUUUGUUGUUGUUGUUAAAUGACAUGCUUUUAUUUUAUAUUUGAAUCAUUGCUUUGGAAUAGUGAAUUCAAAUAGCUUCUGGAGACUUUAGCGUUUAGAAAAAAAUUGGAACUAAUAUCCAAGAAAGUGGCUUCAUCAGAUCAUUUCAAGAUGAAGCUCAAAUUGUAUAUACUGUAUUUUUCGCCCCAUAGGACGCACCGGCCCAUAGGACGCACCUAGAUUGGGGGGGGGGGAGGAAUAAAGAAAAAAAAAAUUAUUCCCCCCCCCAGGCGCGGGGCUGGGGCGGGGGAAGCCCGAGCUUCCCCCUCCACCAGCCCCCAGAACGGGUCCCAGAGCGAUGCAGAAGCUGUGCGCAGCUUCGGCAUCGCUCUGGCAGCUUGCGCGGCUGGGGGAGGGGGAAGCCCGCCGCCAGCCUCCAAACCAGGUUGGGAGACAGUGGGAUGGCGCGCUGCGCCUCCCCGCUGUCCCCCGAGCUUGCGGGGCUGGCGGCAGGGAGAAGCACGCUUCUCCCCGCCACCAGCCUCCAAACCAGGUCGGGGGACAGCGGGAUGGCGGCGUUCCGCCUCCCCACUGUCCCCCGAGCUUGUGGGGCUGUCCUGAAGCCUGGAGAGCGAGAGGGGUCGGUGUGCACUGACCCCUCUCCCUCUCCAGGCUUCAGCGAAAGCCUGCAUUCGCCCCAUAGGACGCACACACAUUUCCCCUUCAUUUUUGGAGGGGAAAAAGUACGUCCUAUAGGGCGAAAAAUACGGUAGUAGCUGGGUUUUGUUUGAAUGGUGAUGUUGCCUCAAAUGGGUGUGUCAGAGGAGCUUAUCUAGAACCUCUGAGAGCAGGAAACAAAUGCAGGAAUCCUGCCUUAAAUAUAUUUGUCUUGUUGCUUGGCCCAUAGCAGUAUUGGUUGCUAUCAACACAUCCUUCCUACGAAUCAGGGGAGAAAGUUACUCUGCACCAGAAUGACUUAGCCAGUGGUACCUUUCCCCUCAUGGACCAUUUGAAGAUUGUUAUGACGCUUAUAUAUUGCUUAGUCCUACACAUUUCUAAGGGUGCCAUAGAAUUCAAAUUGUAAUACAAUAAAAUGCAAUGUAAGAAAUAAAAUAGACAAUAAAAAUACAAUUAAAAAACAAAAUGACUGUAUCUGUAUCUAUAUAUCUCUAUCUACCUAUCUAUGUAUUUUUGUGCUUAUUGUUUUCUUAUUGUUAGCCACGUUGAUUUCUUUUUGAAGCUAAAGGGGGAUAUAUGUUCCUUAAACAAACAACGUGUAGCCACACAAUGCCUUUGUGAGACAGGUUAGGCUUCUGUGCAAAGGCAGUCCUGGAGAGGGAGAAGCUGCAGCUGCUCAAACACCCUUGUCUUCAAAAUUAUUAAAGGCACAGGAGCCUUGUAAUAUAUUGAAGUUCUGGGUUGGUGCUACUGCCAGUUACCAGCAAGCGUAUAAAGGUGAUGACUGUGUUUGUUGCACGAAAAGGACUAGAUGACCUUGGCACCAUGAUGCAGUCUUGCAGGAAAGCAUCAUGGAGGGUUAGAGGCCAAGAUGAGGCUUGCUUUUCUGUAAUAAUGUAUUGCUGCUGCUGAUAUACAUUAGGGAAAUGGAGAAACUCGCAUCAAGUUAACUUUCAUUUGCAUACUUCAUUGGCAGAGCAUUUGUGCGCACGUACCGUACUUUUCCGUCUAUAAGAUGCCCUCAUGUAUAAGACACGCCCCCCCUGGUUUUGGGGGACUCAAUUUUAAGAAAAUGAGGGGAGAUGGCCCAAAGUUGUUGAGCUUCUCCCCCCACGCAACUGUGGGCAGGAAACACGCCCUAAAUCGUUCCCUGCACGCAGCAGCAUCAGGGGAAGUUGUGCUCCCGCUGGCUGGCAGGCACGCCGCUUCUCCCACCCAUGCCACUAUCUGUGUAUUGGAUGACCCCCGUUUUUGGACACAAUUUUUGAGUCAAAAAACAUCACCUAAUACACAGAAAAAUACGGCAUGUAGAGAUGGGUAGGCAAUAAGGCACACUGAAUUUUUCAAAUUCCAAAAAAUGAGGGGUGCUAAAAAGUUGUACCAUGACAUGGGAAUUUAAAAUAUAUUUUGGUUAAAUUAAUAUAAUUUAUUUUUGUUUGCUAAGUAAAAUGUGUGUUAAAUCGCAUAUAAGUAAUUAAAAACGAUUGCCAAGUACUUGCAGUAAACCCGCCAUGUUUACACCCCCCCUGUUGUCCUUUCUGGCAGCUGGGCAGCCUUCUCUUGGGGACUGGGGCAAUUGUUAUCUAGUGGGACAGGAAAGCCACUGACAGACCAGAUAAAAUGGAGGCCUUGCAUGAACCUUCUGAGCCAGCAGUAGUAGACCGAGGAGGAAGGGUGGGUGAGCAUGUUAGUUUAAUCCUAACCUCAUCCCAUGCCCCCUUAAUCUUCUUGAAUAACUGGGAAUUUCACAGCUCACUGAUCCCCAGGGCACUGCUCAGAAAACAGCCUGGCCUGUAUACACAGAGCAGGGCACUUGCCUGGCACCAAAACACACCCAAAAGCCCAGCACAGAGCCCCAGGCACAUACCAGCUGCAAGUGUUUUCUAAUUGUCCUCUCUGUGCCAACCUUCAUUGUGGAAUAGGGAUGAGCACAGCACUGUUUGAUUGCUGUCAGUGCUGGUCAGCUGCAAUCCUCAACACACUUACUAGGGAGUAAACCCUGUUGAAUGCAGUGGGAAGCAUACAUGGGGUUGCCUUGCUUAAAACUUACAGCCUUUGUUCUUUGAUAUGUGCACACGCAAGACAAAAAUGGGCAUUGAAAAAUCAUGUAACAGAUUGUCAGUUCUUAAGUAAUCUAAUGUUCUCUUUUCAGUAUGGACUAAAGAAGCAUGAUUGAUUUCAAGAUGGCAAGUUAAAAGCCAGAUAUCCUCUUGCUCAUGGGUGUAGUGAGGGCAGCAAAUCAGGCACUGUAGUUCCAUUGUAGCGUCUCCCUGGCCCUUCCACCUUCACAGCCGAGCACAAUAAAGUGUGUCAUUUCACCAUUCAUAAACCCCCCUUGGAGGUGGGAUAGCCCUGGGUCACAAGCAGUACAAAAAUAUAUUCACAUGUCUCUUUUUUCUUCUUUCCUUGCAGCAUCUUCACCUGGAAUGAUGGUGAGUCUAGCCUUUCUUUGGCUUUCUUCUCCUCGCACCUUAUAUAGCUCCCAUUUGGACCCUAUGGUCCCUCUUUGGGGAAACUCAAAACAACAGUAAUUCGAAAAUGCAGCAUAUCUGAAUUACUGUUCCGUAACUCCCUGAGGAUGAACCAGUAGAGUACAAAACACAUUGGUUCAGUAGGCCUUUUUCUUGUCUACUCUGCUGGGGGUGUUUUGGGUUUUGUUUCCAGGUACUUGUUCGUAAGACCCAUUUUUGUUGAACUCCCUCUGUUCUAGCCACAAUAGCCUCCUUUUUUUGUCUCUCAUUGAGACAUGUUUAUUUUUGUAGUGGUUAAACAACAUGAAGGAACAAAACCUGUUAGAUGUAGUCUGGGCAACACCAGAACUUGGCUAGUACCAUCUUGCCUUUCUAUGUGAAAAUUCUUCAGUUCUCCCAUGGGUUCCCAGCCUCUUUAGUCCUCCAUGACACUGAGGAUAAGCUACUCAGCCAGCCAGUGCCACAUUGCAGCAACAGACCCUUGAGCACUGUUGUUGUUAAAAUGUCUAUACCACCCUUCAUCUGUGGAUCAUAGGGCAGUUUUCUUUCUCUCUCUCUCUCUCUCUCUCUCUCUCAAUAUAAUGUAACAUAAUAGCAGAUAGAAACAAUAACCCCCCACAGUUUAAAAGAUCAUAGAUCAGUGAUGGCCAAACUUGGCCCUCCAGCUGUUUUGGGACUACAACUCCCAUCAUCCCUAGCUAACAGGACCAGUGGUCAGGGAUGAUGGGGAUUAUAGUCCCAAAACAGCUGGAGGGCCGAGUUUGGCCAUCACUGCCAUAUAUAAUUUAACUAGCCAAAGGCCUGGGAAAAGACCAAUGUUCUCCACUGGCUACUGGCAGGAAUGAUCUUCUCCCCAUUUCUCUGGUGGGAUCUGUGCUGUGGCUAAGUUCCUUCUCCUUUUCCAGGCCUAUUUCCCAAUUCUUUGUCUUUCUCUUUCUGUAGCUGUCUCUGGACCAGAUCCACACAGAGCCACCUCCAACUCCCAAGGAACUGGAUUGGGCAGAGCAGGGGUUUCUACCACCCCUGAGCCCCUUGCGCUGUGCCUGGCGCCGGGAUGUGCCUCUGGACUGCAAGAUCAGCCCUGAGGAUGCACAGGCCCGGGCCUGGACAGCUUACUACUAUGACCUGCUGCAGUGCACCUUGCAGCAGGAGGGGCUCCCAGAGACAAUUGACCACACAAAGGAGCCUCGAACAGGUGAGUCCUUUGGCUGGAUGGCUGCUGUUUCUCUCCUUUAACCUGGAAUGUGUCAGAGCAUCCGCAUUAAUGGUAAAUGUGAUAGGUAGAUCACAUGGUGGCAUCAUCACCAGUUCCACCUCAGUGCUUCAUCUGAAUCCAUCUGUAGAAUGACUCUGGAAUAUGGGCUGUGGCUAAGAGAGCAGAGUUAAUUACCGUGAUUCUUUCUUCAAAUCCCAGCAUGUGGAGUUCAUGGAGGUGGGACAUUAGGAUUCCCAGAUCUAGUAUGAGAAUCAGGUCACCAACUCAUUUCUUUUCUUUCCCAGGGUUUGGACCAUCAGACAUAACCAUCUGUGUCUUGGGCUCUCCCACUUCAUACUUGUCUGUGCUUCUGGAAGGUGGCAACCAGUGUCCUGGUGAGUUCCAUCCUAAUGCCAUAGCCAAAAGCCUUCGGUCGUCUCUUUGCCUUGGCUCUGCUGGGUGACUCAUUCAUCCUUACUCAUGGCUGGUGAAGUACUGAGGAGUCCAGUGAUGUCCCACCUCACCUCACCCAGCAGGACCACUAGGUUAAAGCUCCCACAGGGAGUCAAUGAAUUUCCAAAGCUUUGCCUCCCACUAAAGCAUCUUGCCAGUAAGAGGCAACUAGCUUUAUUCCCUUUCUCCUCAAUAGAGGAAUUGAGCAGUGCUUUCCUCUAGAGGCAAACCAGGAAAUCGGGAGAGGGAAGGAGAGAAGGGGCUGCCUUUUUGCUUCCUUGCCACACAGGCCCUUAAAAUCCAAUGGAGAUGGUCUCCCAAGGUGACACCAUUUAGCAUUUUUGAAGGUCACUCUAGUGAGUCACACCCCAUUUUUGUACAUUCUCCUUAAGGGAAGGGGGCUAAAUGUCAUUAUCUUUGGUAACCAGGAACCAUUAAACCCCGAAUUGGGGGGAAAGCUAUCUGUGAGGGGCUGCCUGAAGAGGUUGCUUGAAUCCUCACGUCUUGACUGGCUGCUGGCUGGGAUACUUCCUACUAUUUUGUUUCUGAAACAGAAGCUGUGCAGCUUGAAUUGUAUUGAACCAGAGCUGCUUACCGUUUUGAGUUACCAUACAGAGUUCCACCCUAGCUGGUGUCUGCAACUGAAUUUAUCCACUUCCUUUGGGGUUGAUUCUUUCCUUUAGCUUAAAUUUCAUCUUCAGGAACUUUUAUCUCACUGGGUUGCUUCACUUACCUGUAUACUAGCUGAAGGCACCUGGAAUUAACUUUUGUCACAGCAAGCAGUUGUAUAUACCUGCUAGGGCUGGGCAAUAACUGGUUUUCAAUAUUGCGAUAUCUAUCACCAGCUGUACAUCGUGAUAUAUCGAGAUAUCAUGAUAUCUGAAAUAAGGAAAUAUACAGAGGUGAACAGGACAAUGUCCUGGCAACUGCUACUUCUUAAGGGUCUAAAACUGAUAAAUGAUGAUACUAUCAAUCACCUCAUGGUCACUUUCAGCAGCAGGCAAGCCAAAAUGCAUCCAAAUGACACUUUUGGUUUUGGGCUUGGCUACCAAAUGGUGGUAUUCAGGACAAUCCAAAGUACUGCAAUGAGUCAUAUUGAAUACAAAUAAUCUGCUAGGUGGCAGCAGCCUGCAAGGCCUUGUUAUGGUGGUGACAGUAGCGGCGGCCUGCAAGGCCAUGUGGUGGCGGCAGGAGACAGUGGCAGAAGCAGAGGUGGCCUGCAAGGUCUUGCUGAGGCAGGCUGCCACAGCUUCUGCCACCACCUCCCACUACCGCUAGGAGGACUUGCAGGCCACUGUCACUUCUUGCCACCACAGUGAGACCUUGCAAGCCCCACCUCUUGUGUCGCUACGAGGCCUUGCAGGCUGCCACUACUAUUGCGGCCAUCUCCCAUUGCUGCUGUAAGGCCUCACAGGAUGCUGCUACUGCCGCCACCUCUUGUCACUGCCAUGAGUCCCUGCAGGCCACCUCUGCUUCUCCUGCCAAAUCCUGUCGCCACUGCGAGGCCUCGCAGGCCAGUGCCGUUACUGCCACUACUUUCCGUCACCACCAUGAGGCCUCACAGGCCGCCACCUCCUGCAGUCACCGCAAGGCCUUACAGGCUGCUGUCACUAAUGCCACCACCUCCCAAUAACUGCUGUGAGUCCUUGCAGGUGGCCACCACUCCUGCCACCGCCUCCCAUCUCUUCCUCGAGUCCUCACAGUCCGCCACCGCUACUGCCAUCACUAUCACCACCGCAAGGCCUUGCAGUCUGUUGCUGUUUCUGCUGCUGCUGCUGCUGCAAGGCCUUGCAGGCUGCCACUGCUACUGCCACCAUUUAUUUAUUUUUGCUGUCGUGAGGCUGUCCUGUUCACCUCUGUAUAGUUCAAUCCUUAUUUCAGACAUUGUGGUAGAUUGCAAUAUUUAGCUGGUGAUAACACUGCAACAUUUAGCAGGUGAUAUUAUGAGGUUUAGCUGGUGAUAUUGUGAGCAUUAGCUGCUGAAAACAUUUAGCGAGUUAUCGCGAUGAAAACCAGGUAUCGCCUAGCCCUUAAACACAUUGUGAUUGGUGAUAUAUUGCCAGCUCAAAUAUUAUGAAACAAUUAUCACGAUGUGAACUUCAAACCAGUUUUGGACAAUAUAUCUGCUUAAUUCUUCAUGUUUUGUCAAUUUAUUAUGAAAAAGUUGCGUGUGUUUAACACAAUAAUUCUCUCAAAACCGUACACUGGUUCAAACUGACCGGCUACAUUAUGAAGGUACUUUAGGUCCCAAUGAUUGUGACAGACGAGCCAUAGUCAUAUGCAAAUAGUGAACUGGGGUGUUGACUAUGUAGCUGAAAUAGGACUACUGAGAGAUAAGAAGGGAGUGUCAGCAUGCUCAGAGCAAGCCCAAGGUUUGCUGAAAUAGAAAGAGAAACUUCAGGGGAGGAAACCCCAAGGGGACAAAAAAUGCAGUCAGCCCAGUGAGGACUCCGUAUGCUCAGUAGCCCUUCUGAGUGUCUGGGUGUGGAUAGCGUGGAAAACCAGAAUGAGGAACCAUGGAAUGGAGUAGCUUGAAAGAAGGCCUGGCUGGCUGGCUGGCUGGCUGGCUGGCUGGAACACUGAACAGCAGCACUUCACACUGCAGCAUUUUGUCACAGGUCACAGUUGUAUGUAUUUUAUUCAUUUGAUUGCAGUACUCUGGUUAAAAGGGACAGAAGUGGGGUUUUUUAAAAUAAUAAUAAAAAUACAUAACAGGAACUAAACUUUGCUCCCUCCCGUCAAUAAGCUCUGUCCCUUCAAGCACAUUUCUCUCCCCUUUGGCUCACUUGCAGCAUAUGAGCUGGGCUAGAAGGAAAUAGUCUCAAACAAUGGAGUAAAGCAAGUUAAGACAAGGAAGGGAAAUGUUUUUGCUUUAAAAAUAGACUUUCUUAAUAGUUCAGGGAGACAUCCGAAUGAAAUACCAGUGGAUCUCUUGUCGCAUCUAGUUUGGCUCAGACUGUGGACUCAAGCCAUAUAGAUCAACAGUAUAUUAUUUGUACCCAACCUUAUGCUUCCAACUGUCAUCUAUAAUAAAGGGUUACAGUUUUAAUAUGUCACAACCUUUUGUUCAAUACUGCCUAUUUCACCAGAAGCAUACUGAGGUCUGGAAAGUGUGUGUUUGCUUACACACACGUACACACAACCCACACACUGAUGAAAAGGAGUCUUAAAAAGCAAGGCAAAGAAAAUGGAAGAGACGCAAUACAUUAUCAGAAAGACAGUAGUAGUUUUUUUCAGAGGGAUGAAGGUACAGUUAAUUAAUCCGUUCCGCGAGUCUCUUCGUCUUGCGGUUUUUUCGUCUUGCGAAGCACGGCUAUUAGCGGCUAUUAGCGGCUUAGCGGCUAUUAACGGCUUAGCGGCUUUAAGAAAAAGGAAACAAACUCGCAAGAACUCGCAAGACGUUUCGCAAGCCCAUAGGGAAAUUCGUCUUGCGGAACGACUCAAAAAACAGAAAACUCUUUCGUCUUGCGCGUUUUUCGUCUUGCGAGGCACCACUGUAGUUGCUUGAGAUUUCCACUUAAGAGUAUGUACACUUAUCACAAUUCUGCCACUGGUAAGCAGGUUUUAUAGCAGUUUUGAAAACUUUUAUAGCAGUUUCAAAACAGUGGAGCAAAAGAAAUAUAUAGAAAGCGAUUCUUCGCUCAUAUUCCUUUCGAACUUUUAAAAUUGGUCUGAUUCAGUCUCUGUUCUUGCUGCAACAAAGUGACAUGGUUACUCUGCAGAGCCUGUAGUCUCUUGCUGCAGAAACAGCUGUGAGAACCAUUGCAAAGUCUUAUCACUCCCCCCCCCCAGCCACCCAUCGAGUUUUACGUUCAUCCUGGUAGCUCUCACACUCCACAUAAGGUUGGGGACUAACAGUCAAGCUCUAAUGUCAUUACACUUCACAUGUAAUCACAUCAUUAGCAUUCAUGGAAUUAAUUAAUUUAAUACACAUUUUAAUAAAUAAAAAUACUGUUUAUACCUACCGUAAUUGUAGAAAUAAAGAACAUGACUAUACAAAGACGUAUCUACACGUUAGGCCCUUAACAUUGCCAAAAUUUUCUUGUUUCAGCCACAGAGUUUAUACAGGUGUAAAUAACAUUCUGUAGCCAAGGGAUCAGUGCCCCUUUCCCAAGCUUCAAUUUUAUUUGGAACUGUGGCAUGUGGGGAAAUGGUUAAAUAUUCUUGCCUCCUCCCCUGGCUGCAUCUCCAGUCAUGAUUGCCUUCCCGCUCCUCAAUUGCAAUUUAGGGUGGAAAAUAAAAUAAAUGGGUAUAAAGGCAGCACCAUUUGGAAAAGGGAGGGUUGAUUAAACUGAUAAGAGUGGGUUCCUAGAGAGGGCAGAUGGACCAUAGAGAAGGAAAUGGUUAGAGCACAAUCUGUGGAGGCCAUUACCAAACUGUAGGCUGGAAGAGCUGGAUUAUGGGUUACCUACGCCUGAGGAAACGGUGCAGCUGUUCCAUUGUGAGAAAAAGUAAUGGAAGCUGACUUUUUGAUCAGUGGCAUGCAAAAGCCUUGUUAAAAACAAGUCAACUCUAUGCUCAGCAUAGAGGCAGUUCCAGAAGAUGGGGAAUUUGCUAUCACAAUUCCUAUACAAACAAAACAGGCAACUUGAUAGAUAAAAACAAACUAUUGCUCUCUCAGCCUUAUUGAAGUGACAUGUGCACUGGAUUGGAUCUUUUUCCCCAACCCAGUGAAAUCGGAUUCAGUCAUGACAAAUUUUGAUUUAUAUAUCUGAGCCUGAAAUAUAAUUAUUGUAUUUACAAGUACAUUAUAACAGACCACUUCAUUACAAACCCAGUGCCUGAAAUUCAUCAGAAUGCUGUCUCUAGCUGCAAUCCUGUCUCAACCAAGCUAUCUGGCUAUGCAUGCUUCUUAGAGACUCUCUUGGGCAGCUGCUGCGCUGUAUUCCUGGCAUUCUUCCCGUCUCUUCUCAGAGGCCGAGACAGGCUGGUGGUAACCAGAGCUCUUGUGGCAGCUGAGCUGCUCAGAUUUCCCGCUGGCUAAAGUGCAUAUAGAAGAACAGGGCUGGAAUAAACCAGAAGGUCAACUCUCCAACCUCCCACACCAAGGCACAAUCCCUCCACCCUUCAGCCUCCCAUAGGGCUUGGCAACUCUUUGUUCGGAUCAGUGAAUGCUCUGGCACCAUUUCUGCUGGGAUUCCGAGGGCUAAUUCGCACUUUAAAAGUGCCGGAUUCUCAAUGGCAGAAUACACAUGCAACAUUGGGUUCUGGGAAAGGAUCAGGUACCAUUUCUGUGUUCAGGGCAUGGAAAUCCAGCCUCUAAAAUGCACACAAUCUGCUUGCAAUUAAGACUUCAUCAUAUUUUUAUGUUGCUGUUUAAACUAGAAUUGUGUGUGAGAGAGAGAGAGAGAAAGAGAGAGAGAUCGUUCAAAAGGUGACCUCUGUAUUUUGAAGCCAGACUGGACAGCUCCCAGCUGCAGGGAAAAUUAAAGGUGUGGUUUUAGAGCAGGGCGUAUCCAAAUAAUGCCCCCCUCCUUUUUUUAUGUUCUGAAAGUGCUGUGGUUUCCUAGAGCUAAUAACUAGCCCAACCUAUGAGCACUUGUAGAACUGAAAUUAUUCAGUCUCUUUCCCAGCUGACAGAUACAAGAGUGGCUUCUGUGGCCUCGUAGCUUUCAAUCAUCUAUCUGCUAAGGUGGCAAGGAAAUGAGUCUUAAUAAUGGAAAGGUCUGCACCCGAAAGUCUUCUGGUCCUGCAGUCCAGCUUGAUGUCCAGAGCCCUCCAUAGUCACUGUGUGAUGAGAGGGCUCCUUCCUACUUUACCUCCACUUCUCCCUGUGUGUAUUAAUUCCACGUGGUUUUAUUUUCUAGUAUUGUCAUGGUACGGGAACGUGGUGACCUCUGUACAAACACACGGUCUUUUGUGCUGUCCGACACAUAUACACUUAGAAAUAGAUUUGCCCAGCGUAGCCGCUAAUUUUGGUACCAGCUAAAAUAGCCGUUCCCAACAUGGCUGGUGAAUCUCAAGCGUAAGCGUGUGACACGGGUGGGAAUAGCUUUUUCCUUCUCUAGUGCAGUUGUUGCCCCGACUGUUAGGGGAGGGUUCUGCAUGUGCUACUUCCCUACAGCAGCAGAUUAUGAGGAAAGGGUCCCCCCCCCCCGCUCUGUUUAGGUCUUCAGACAGACUACAGUGCAUGUACAAAGAAAGCAGGGUUGCAUAUGCUGUCCCCAUUCAGCCUCUCUGUGUUAGGCUGACUGUACAGAUUCUACAAAUGCUGAACAUACACACAGCUCCCUCCCUGCAACUAUCGGGAAUCCUGAGGUUCCACAUGAUCAGUUUGGGAGACUGAGAGUAGGGACUGCUCUUUGGAAGGCUGUAGCUCAGUGGCUAGAGCAUCUGCUUUGCAUGAUCCCUGAACCCACGUUGAAUCCCCAGCAUCUUCAGGUAGGGCUGGGAAUGUCCCCUGUCUGAAUCCUAAAGAGCUAUUGGCAGUCAGUGUUGUGACAAUUUUGAGUUAGAUGUAACAGUGGCCUGGCUUGGUAUAAAGCUACUUCCUGUGUUCCAUCUGAAAAUGACCAACGUCUAGAGGUAAAGUGAGGGCUGCAUGCCUCUCACAGUGCUGCUGGCGAAGUGGAAAAGGGCAAAGUUUCCCUAAGGCCACAUUCACACCAUACAUUUAAAGCACUACGAUACCACUUUAAAUAGUCAUGGCUUGCUUCCCCCAAAGAAUUCUGGGAGGUGUCAUUGGCUAAGGCCCUCAGGCAUGGCCAAAUUUGGCCCUCCAGCUGUUUUGGGACUACAAUUCCCAUCAUCCCUGACCACUGGUCCUGUUAGCUAGGGAUGAUGGGAGUUGUAGUCCCAAAACAACUGGAGGGCCAAGUUUGGCCAUGCCUAGCUAAGGGUGCUGAGGGUUGUUAGGAUGCCCCACUCCCCUCCCAGAGCUACAAUUCCCAGAGUGGUUAAACUAUAGAUCCCUCUUCACAGGGAACUCUGGCAUUGUAGCUCUGGGAGCGGAACGGGUUCUCCUCUCAGAACCCAUAACAAACUACAGCUCCCAGAAUUCUUUCGGGGAAGCCAUUUCUGAUUAACGUGGCAUCAAAAUCCUUCAAACGUAUGGUGUGAAUGCGGCCUAAGAGAGUUAAGAACUCUGCAUCCCUUUAAAUUAGAUUAGGUAGGAGGGACAGUGGAUAUGCCUCAGGUUACUGCUGCCCGAGGUGAGACAUUUCUGAAGGAUGGAGCAGCUGCGUUACUGCAAGGCACUUCAUUGGAGGUGAAGUGGCUUAUAGUGCUGCUGUGUGAGGGAAGGUUUUUUCCUCUUUGCCUCCCCGCUGCCAGAGUAUGAGAAUUUGGUUACAAAACUGGAGGAUUUUGAAACUCUGUCUUAAUGGACCAAAACUGAUAAGCUGACCGCUCAGUUGCAGGUAUGGCUGGCUUAGAAGAUAAGAAGUGCUUCUCCCCGCCCCCAGUGCUGUGGGUUAACACACACAUAAUAUCUCAGUAAGGGAGUGUGUGAUGGUGAAGAGUUUCUCUUAGUUUACUUUUACUUUGCAUGAUGAAUAUCUUUUCUGUGGGUCAAAGGAAAUGCCUCACCCUUCCAUCUGUUGCCGUGGAACUGGAGGUAAACAAAAGGGUGUGGGUUUAGUUUCAGAUAGCCAAUGCAUAAAAUGAGAAACCAAAACAAAGAAGCAUAUAUAUAUCCACACAGAGGCAAUAACCUUCAACUUUGUAAAGUAAUGCAUUUAUAGUUGAAGGUUUUGUCUUAUCUAAGUAUAUCUUCUAUAUUUUGGGCAUGCUCCCCUCCUCAACUUUGGAUUGAAUACCACAUUACUGACUAGUUUCGGAUGGGGGGAGCGACCCCUGAAAGAUUAAAAUGCAUUAAAGAUUUAAAAGAUUAAAAUUGGGUUGUGUUCCAAAGAGGGUGACCAGAAUGGUGAAGGCUGGUGGAGAAGGCUGGGUGUAUUUUGUCUGGAGAAGAUUAAGGGGAGACAUGAUAGCAGUUUUCAAAUACCUGGAGGGCUAUCACACAGAAGCUGGAGUAGACAUGUUCUCUGUUGCUCCAGAGGAUGGAAAUUGCAAGGAAGCAGAUUUCAACUAAGCAUUAGGAGACAUGCUCUGAUGCAGUAAAAGCUGUUGGGACAGUGGAGCAGACUUGUCUUAGGAGAUGGUAGACUCUUUCUUCACUGGAGGUAUUUAAGCAGAGGCCGGACAGCCAUCGGCCAGACUCUGCAGUGGGGUGCACUAGAAGUCCUCCAAGUUCCCUGCCAAGUCUGUGGUUCUAGAGCAGGACUGGACAACCUCUGUGGCCCUCCAGAGGGUUGCUGGGACUUCAAAUCCCAUCACUCCCAGUCUGCAUUGCUAACAGAGGUGAUGGGCAUUGUACUUCAGCAACAUCUGGAAAGCCACUGGUUCCCCCAUGCCUAUUCUAGAGGGUAAAAUUUGACUUGUCACUUCGGUAAGCCCUAAAAGCACUGGCAUUAUGAACAGACCAGUUUUGCUAAUGUGAUAUAAAUGGAGCAUUAGUGCCACUGGCUACUGAUGGGGAAGAAAUGUAGAAGAGGUGCUAAUGAUGUCACAACAGAUGAUUCCAUUUCCUUUCCCCUGUUCAAUCUCUCUCCAUUCAUAGGUGACUUAUGGGAAAGCGUGACAGAGUAACACUUUCCAGAAAGCCAGAAUAAGAUAUACUCCAGCUUAGUUGGCUCCAAGGCAGUUGUUGGGGCAGAUAAUCAGGGUGUUGACUACACUGAGAGCAUGUAAGGCGCCAAGUCUCCCAGCUGCUGCUGAUUACUCUGACGCGACUGUCGCGCAGGCUGCCACAUUUUGGCAACCCCUCCCAGAACCUUGAGCAGAGGAGAGAUUUUUGCCACCCUGGUCCAGCUCAGGGCACGUUUCUCUGCUGUGUGAGUCUUAUCUUGCACACGCUCAUGGGCUGGGUUUGCUCUCUGCCUUCUCCUCCCCAGGUAACAUGCUGCUCUGCCUGUCGCCAGCCUGGCUCUCAAAGGCACCAUCAGAAUCCCACCCGGGAGAGUCGUCCUUGCUGGUCUUCAAGGCCGUGACCUUUGAACUCGGCGGCCGCACAACCCUGGAAGAGUUUGCACCCCCGCGCCGUGUCACCUACUUCACUGGCUGCUUUGGGCCCUGCAAGGUGCAGGGCCAGUCGGCAGCAGAACUGGCCCGAGACCUUGACUGCCCCACGGGGGGCUCAGGAGAGCUAGCUCGUCUGCUGGAGGACAAGCUCCUGACCCGCCAGCUGAUGGACCAGCAAGCAUGCGUGGCUGUGCCCCCCACCCUGGCCUUCACCUUCAAGCGCCCGCUGCCUCUGCGAAGUGUGACAGAGGAGCAGCGUGUCCGCAUGGUGGAGCUGAGCGGCCGUGAGGGGCAGGACAACCUGCUGCAGGAGGAAAUAGCAGCCUUCCUGCAGAGUGGCGCCAUGGAGUCCUAUAGCCAGGUGAGGAGCCCUGAACCUCAGAUGGAAAGCUACAAACAGGAGGUUUGGAAAGGUGCGUUAUUAUAUGGCAAGAGCAGUGCACUUCCUGUCUCCGGGACAGGGGUUGCCAACUGAUGGCCCUCCCAUCAGCCCCAACUAGCAUGGCCAUUGGUCAGGGUGGGUGCAACUUGGGGCCUCAGGUUCCUCACUCCUGGAAUUUGAGCCAAGAUAAUCCUCUGAGCCUAAGUGUUGUCUCUAUUGUUCUUCCUUAUAGGUGGUGGUAAAGCCAUCAGGCUGGCGCUGGAAUGGAGCCCAAGCUGUGUCAUUCCAUGCUAAGUCAGAACAGGGAUGCGUCCUUCAAGCUGUCCUCACGCUGCUGGAGACCCUGGAAGAGGAAGAGAGCAUUUUGCUGGAGGCCUUCAUUCCCACUGCUCAUGUGGUCCGGCCUGGCCCUCCUGACACGAACGGCUCCCCAUGUAAGGGAUAUAUUUUCAUCCCUUCUCACUGAGGUCGGUCCACAUAAUGAACUGCCCUCCAAAUUAGCGCCCACAAUUAUGAUAGUUUACUCCAUAAGUGAGUCACUCCCAUUGACUGCUUCAUGUCAUCUCUUGCCCACUCCAGAGCAUCUGAAAGAAUUGCCUUGAACCAGCUAUUUCCUGAAGGGAUCUAAGUGGGCAAAAGAUGGCAUGGGCAGGUUGGGGAAGCUACCAUAUUGGAAUCUGAUAAUCCUUCAGGGGCAUGUUGCAUUGUUGAUUGUACUCCAGACUUUGGGCCUCUUCUGAUGACCUGUUUACUGAACAUUCACCCCAAAUUGCUUGCAGAAAGCUUAUGCAGAGGUUUGAUUACAUCUGGUCUUUAUUGACAAGUGUUCUGAGUUGUUUAUGGGGUAGUUAUACAUCAAGGGCAAUUUGUCCUGCAUUCAUCCCCGAUUGGCAUUUGGGGUAUUUACAUGUCUUUCCACCGGUCAUUUGUUUAUCCCGCACUGUCACUUUCCAAAGCACAGAAAGUAUUUCUUUUAAAAGUGCAUUUGUUGUGCUAAGCCAAUAGAGCCCUUUGGUACCUUGUAAACGUGCAAAGCUAAAGUUCCAGCAUGCACUUGAAUCCCUCCUGCAAAAUGAUGACCGUCUGGAGGCACCCCUUCUUCUUUUCACUCCCCUCCACAUGCCCCACUCCUAUCAAUUUGCCUCUCUGAUAUAUUCUAUCUCCCUCUCCCUUCCUCUCCUACAUCUCCGAUUCCAGGCAAUUCAUCUCCACAGCCCAAUCUAGCAGUCCGAAUAUGUGCUGUUGUCUGCAGAUCCCGAAAAGACCAGCCUCUGCUAAGCAAGGUAACCAAAGCCCAGAGCUCCAAUACAGAUUGGGGGAAGAAAGCCCAAGGAAUCCUCACUGGCAGAAAAAUUGUAGCCCUGUACUGUAGUCCGUUCCUCUUACCUGUUUUCAGGGGAACAAAUUGUUGGUUGAGGGCAAGGAAAUAAGUGGCUCUGCCCAGUUUUAAACUGUUUUGUGGGGAAGACACACAAACACUGAUUGGUAUUGGUAGAUUUGGGUGAUCUUUUGACUCCAAAAUAAUGUCUUAUUUGAAACCAGGCUAGCUUAUUUUAUCAACUGUCCCACUCACAGUCUCUAACCUUCACCUGGAAAGACUCCAGAAAUCAUAGAUCCCGGCACAAAAUCCCACAGACACCUUGCAUGCACACAACCAUAACCCACUGUAUGAACAGAAGAAAGUAGAGAAAUUCCAAUUUGGACUGUUGGUAUGGAGAUGUUAAGACAAACUGGAGGAACAGAUGCUUGAAUGACAGCAGCCCAGAGAGACUGCAUGCAUUUUUUUGGUUCUCUUUCAGGUAGUGUGUGGUGUGGGCCGGGCAGAUAAGCCCCUGAAGCACCAGGCCACAGUGCCCCAGACUUUGGAGAGCAGCCUGCGUCAGUGGGGACUAAAGGAUGAGGCCCAGAUUGCAGCCAUUCAUGCCCAGAUAAAGCAGAAGGCUGAAGCAGCCAUGAAGGCCUUCAUGGACAUGGAAGCUGGCCUGUCAGUUGAGCAACGAGGUGGUCGCCGAGCACAAACCGACAUCAUUGGUGAGUUACCCUGUCAAGUCAUUACGGAGGCUGCUUCUAAGACACUGUGGGGCCCUGCACUUUCGAUGCCCAGAAUAGCAUGAGGCUAUCAGCGUUCCUCAAGCCCAGUCUCCAUCAGCUGUGGGGCAGCAGUGCAAAGCAGCUGCACUUAGCCAUGCACCAGCAAGCAAAACUCAAUUUUAGUCAGCUAUGGGGAAGUCCUUGCCAAGCCCUUGUGUUCAGAAAUCCUUGCACUGGUAGAAUGAUUGGCAAAGUGUGGUGCUGAAUUCCUCCUUUUGAACCAGUGGCAGGUUGGGACCCUGAAAUCCCACAACCCCAGAGAUGCAGACACCUUUUUGUUCCGGCCUCUGAUGUGGACAUGAAACUGUCUUAAGUAAUGAUUCCCCAAUAUCUUCAGUGUAUGUUUCUGGUAGUGCAAGAACCAAUCCCUUAAGUUUCUGCAGCCCAGUGAUGGAGCCUGAGUUGCUAUCGUGGAAACUUCUGCUGUAAUGCCUUCUGUGAACUCUUUGCCUCAAUAAAAUUCUUGAGCAACAGGUUCCUACGUCAAUCAUUCUUCCUAAAACCAAACAAAAAAAUGACAAACCCAGUUGCUGCCCGUUAGUUACAUUUUGAUCUCAUUGACCAGCUUAUGAGACACCAUUAAUUCUAAUUUAGAUUUAUUUCCCACUGUAUGACGUGUACUGUACAAAACUUUUUCAUCCUCUCUCUCUCACUGCCUGAUGGCAGUGGCCUGCAGAUGUACAAAAGCUGCAUGCACACUCUUCUCCCCUUGCUUAUUUUAUUUAUUGAUUUCUCACCCCUUGACCAUUCUGGCUGGGGCUAAUGGGAGUUGGAGUUUAACAACAUCUGGAGGACCACAGGUCCCCAUACUUGGAUUAAUCCAUUGUUCUUAGUGCACCUUUGAGGUUUCUUCUCUUUCAUGCCUUUUCUGUCUUUAUGACAUAUUUGGCCCAAUAGUUCAUUUCGAUGAGAGAUGUUCCCUAUUGGCCCAAUGUCUAAGCCUCCAGCCUUUACGGAAUGAGGGGCUGGUCCAGCUGCUCCUAGGAAAAGGGUUGCUGCCAGCUGCCAACCUCUAAGGCAAGAGAGCCAGCAGCAGCUGCAAAUUUGGCCUGACAGCAGGCGAGGAAACUGGCGGGGCGAGAGGUACAGCAGCAGCAGCACAACUUCUCAGUGUGUGGAGCAGUAGUGAAAAGUGCAGAUUCCACAUUAGGAAUCAUUAGGGAAGGAAUUAAAAAUAAAAUAAAUUUUUGGAGGAUAAUUCUGUCAAGUUGGCCCUGUAAAAAGCACCAUGUUCAGAAAGCAGGAUGGGAUGCUCAGUUAUCAGAUCCUAGUGGGUGACAGAAGAGUACUGCUGCCUUGAUGGUUUCCUGUGGGCAGGCAUGUGGUUGGCAAUCCAUGUGAAAUGGGAUGCUGGAUGAGAUGGACCUUUAGAGCAGAUCCUACCAGGGCUGCUCAUACGUAUAAUGAAGGAGCUCUUACUUCAGUGGGGUUAUUUGUUCCAUCAACUCACCCUUGGGAUUCGGCUAAUGGUUGAGCUGACCAGAAGUUCAGUGAUCUUCAGCCACAUGUUCUUGAUUGACAGGGCCUCCUUUGCUUCUCCUUUCUCCAGGUGUGGAUUUUCUCCUAAGCUCAGAGGAACAGGUGCUGCAGCUGGUGGCCCUGGAGAUGAACUCGCAGUUGUGCCUAGAGACCUGCUCCGUCUUCGAGUCCAUGGGCCGGGUGGUGGGGGCUCCAGCGGGCGAGGCAGCACGCCCCCUGGUGGAGACGAUGAUGCGUCGCACGCAGUGCCACCUGAUGGAGGGCAAACACGUGUUGGUCAUUGGGGCCGGCGGAGUCAGCAAAAAGUUCGUCUGGGAGGCAGCCAGGGACUACGGGCUAAAAGUAAGAUGCGGAAACCGGAGCCAUGCAGCCCCCCACAGGCUGCAGGAUGGACUAACUAGAGCAGCACCCCCCUAAAGCCCCCGUCCAUAUAAUAUAAACUUUAUGGGUGCCAUCUAAGCACAGAGAGGGGAGAAAGGCACAGCCCCCCUGCCAUUCAAAAGGGCUCACCAUUGUGCUAUGCACUUACGCCAGUGGAGCUGGUCUGCUUGCUGCAUUGCUGCUCCCCGGUCAUGCUAUUCUUGAGGCUGGCCAUCUUAUCAGGAUUACUUCGAGCAGGGCAUCGGACAGCCCAGUCUGGAACCAAGUUUUAAGUUGGACGAGUCACUGGGGAUGGAAGUGAGUUCUUGAGGAUUUCAGGCGUAGCCAGGUCUGCUUCUUUCUUAACCACAUCUUGCCUCCAUUUAAAAAUGGUAGGAAGCAAACAUGAGGCACGACUGCUGUGCGGGUUCUGGAUCCCCAAGAUCCCAGUCUGGCUCCAGAAUCGGCCACUGUGGGAUGUGACCUGCCCACUGCCAAGCAGCACUUGCUUCCUUGUUCCUGGCCUUCUAUAGCAGCCAGGAGACUUCAGAGGCUAAAGUGUCUUCUGUCACUGCUUCUCCACCACAGUGUGCAGCUGUUUAAAGUCACAGGCUAAAGGAAAUGGGAUGGGAGCCUUACAGCUGAGGCAGCAGGGAUGCAUAAAAAGAACUUUUUCAAUGAAAUACCCCUGCUUUGCCUCUCCCAUCCCUUGUAUCAUUAUUUAUUAGACUUGUUAGUCACUUGUUAACUAAAGGUCUCCAAGUGACUUUCAUUCUUACCUUCCUAAACAUUGUAGUUUUGUGGCUUCUCCAAACUCAGAAGAGAAACCCUGUUCCGUUCUUGGUGCUGGGACAUAACCAUGCUGGUUAUUGUCUCCUUUGGAGGACAUGGGUGUACAGUGCAGUUUCAAGAAUGAACUGUCCUGGGUUAUCCUGUUUCUGGGACCUCUAGAUUACCUUUGGAGCCACAAAGGGCCCCCCCUCGGAAUAGGCGGGAGACUGACAAGCAGAAUAGAUAUGGGGAUAGUAUGUGUGGGGAGGGAUGGUGGUGAUGUUGUAAUGAAAUGAAAACUAAAUUGGCAGGAGGAGACAGCUGGUGGUUUAGCCAGCAGCAACUAGUCCCAUUUUUCUUUCAAAAGCCCAAGUGCCUUGAUGCCAGUUUAUUCCUCUGAGGGCCGAAUUUGCCCCUGUUGGAGUCUUGCUGCCAUUUUGCAGUUCAGACCCUGAACAAAACAUGCUGACCAGAGUCUAUGUCAACAGCUACGGUCUUCACAAUGGGACAGUCUGUAUGCUUUAUUCUCCUGGAAAAUGGCUGUGCUCUGGAGUUACUUUAAAGUGGUGGUGGGGAGAGCCUGCUUGGAUGUCCCCAUGUCUCUGGAGUUGCUAUAUGUCCCUGCUAAAAUCAUCAGCAGUGAAACCGUUAAGGCUGCUUUACCCAUCCACUCGGCUUAUUUGUUUGUUUAGUUAUUUACUUAAGCUAUUUAUAUUAAGCGGUGUAACGUAAGCCUUAAAGGCACACAAUGGAUAUGCUUAUGGCUCACAAAGCCCAGUGAGCUGAAUGGAGGCACUUCCCUGAUGCAAACUGAAUCCAGUUUAAGGAGGCACAGUGGACACACAGAGCAGAAGAGUGACUCCCUUUUGCACACACACCCAUGCAACCACCUGGCUCAGCUUUUUGUUUCCGCCCUCUUGCCAGCCGGGGUCCUUCCCCAGCACCUCCUCCUCCUACACCUAGAGGACAAUGUCUCCUCAUUCUAAAUUCUCUUGUUGCUGAAGCAGGCAUGUAGAGAAGGAUCAGAUCCUGUCUCCCACCCCUGCCGCCAAACCUGUGGGUUCCAAUGGAAGCUGUCCCACCUGAGCACAAAUGGGAUGCCUGCAAGAUGGGGAGUUGCUGCCCAUAGAUUGGAGCCUACUUCCCAGGGGGCUGUUGUGCCGUGCCUGGUCCCAAGGAGCUGUCCUUCUCUGGUACUGUCAGUAGUGAUGCAUCUCUGAUUUUUCUCCCAUCUUCUCUGCAUCUCUGCCCUUCUGUGUCUGCCCUUCCUUCUUCCCCAUCCCUGCUCCCACUCCUACCUCUCUCCUACCCCACUCUCUCUCUCUCUCUCCCCAUCUCCACCCCCCUCUUUCUUUCUCGCUCUCUUUCUGAUCUUUCCCAUCCCCAGAUCCACCUGGUGGAGUCCGACCCCAACCACUUUGCCUCCCAGCUGGUGCAGACCUUCAUCCACUAUGACACCACAGACCACAAGAGGGAUGAAGAGCAUGCCCAGAGGCUGCUGGGGCUUGUGCAGGAGCGGGGCUUGCAUCUGGACGGCUGCCUCUCCUACUGGGACGACUGCAUGGUCCUGACGGCACUGGUGUGCGAAGGGCUGGGCCUGCGCUGCAGCUCCCCGACAGCCAUGCGCGUGGCCAAGCAGAAGAGCCGCACUCACCUGCACUUGCUGCGCCGUCGCAAAGAGGGGGCUCGCUGGCCCUCGGCAGCGCUCUAUGCCGUGCCCUGCUGCCACCUAGAGAGCCACACGGAUGUGGAGCGGGCUGCGAGCCACAUCAGCUUCCCUGGGGUCAUGAAGCUAGAGUACGGGGCCGGGGCUGUGGGGGUCAAGCUGGUGGAGGAUGCACAGCAGUGCCACCUGCACUUUGACAAGAUCUCCAGGGACCUGCAGGAUGACUCAGACCACCCGGGCAUCGGGCUGGGCUGGGGCAACGCCAUGCUGUUGAUGGAGUAUGUCUCUGGCACUGAGCACGACGUGGAUCUGGUGAUGUACGAAGGGCGGAUGCUGGGGGCUUUUGUCUCUGACAACGGGCCCACCCGGGUGCCCAACUUCACCGAAACGGCAGCCUGCAUGCCCACCUGCCUGCCCCCUGACCGUGAGGCGCAGCUCAUCCGCGCUGCCUACCAGUGCUGCUUAGGCUGCGGCCUCACCGACGGCGUGUUCAACGUGGAGCUGAAGCUGACCGCAUCCGGCCCCAAGCUCAUCGAGAUCAACCCCCGCAUGGGCGGCUUCUACCUCCGCGACUGGAUUCAGGAGAUCUACGGCGUGGACAUCAUGCUGGCCUCCGUCAUGGUUGCCUGCGGGGUGGUCCCCCUCCUGCCUGCUCGCUCUCGCCCCCGCAUGCACCUGGUGGGAGUGAUGUGCUUGGUCUCGCAGCACUUGCAGGCCCUCAAGUCCACGGCCAGCCUGGAGACGCUCCAGGCCCUGCAUGAGCGUGGCGUCAUCCGCCUCAACCUGCUCGAUGACGAGCUCGUGUCCAGCGAGUACGAGGAGCCCUACUGCAACGUGGCUUGUGCCAGCUCUAGCCGCCGCGAGGCCUGCCUCAAGCUGCUCGGCAUCUGCCAGGUGCUGGGCAUCGACUCCCCACACUACCCUGUGGCCCACUUCCUCUCGCAUUUCAAAUAGCCUUGGAGAUAUGGCUCCCUCCGUCUGGAGCUGAGCCUGGGCCUGCUCCGGAGAGGGAGCCUUGCCUGCCCCUGCUCCUAAAUUAGCCUUCCCUUGCUCCCAACUCACCACUGGGGUUUGCAUUAUUACACAAACACCCUAUUUCCUACAGUCUUUCUCAAGUGGCUGCUGUCUCCCUCAGGAAGGAGCGUGGCACCAUCUGGUGCCAUCUCUGGUAAGUGCCACACACACACACCAUUCACACCCUUGAAUGGGCUCACAUCCUCCUUUUGCGGGGGGGUCCUAUUCAAUGCAGAGUCCCACCCUUCUUGAAGUCAUCUCUUCCUUUAUUUGCAGCUCUGCUUAAUUCCCCAACUACAACCUUGGGUCCUACAUUGUUCCUCCCCGCCACCAUACACAGAGGCAAGAUCUCGCCUCUUCACUUUCCCUUUCUUCCACUGGGGGAAAAGUUGUUGGCUCAUGGCCAGGCAUCCCCUGGAGAGAUCCUACUUCAUGCUUCCAAAAUCAGUGGAAAGAGGGCUGGGGUCAAAAAAUUCUUACAGUCCCCACCAGCCACAAUACUUCAGUGAUCCUGCAAGAGCAAAAUAGUGCAAAUCUGAUUCUGAGCAUUCUCUCCCCCCCACCCCAUCGAACCCCUGUAUGCAAACAUCUACUUACGGGAAAGUCCCGCAAACUCCUCUGCCAGCCUACUGUAACAAAAGGACCAUAUGCAAGCCUGCAAUAACAGAUGUUUACAGAGCAGUAGAAUGUAAGACAUUAACAAGCUAGUUCCACUGACUCAGCACUUGCAAACCCCCGCAGUAACAUCCUAGCGCCGCGUGAUCCUUUUAGGAGCUAAUGAGCAUGCACAAUACUGUGCUCAUAAAAUGACCAUAGAAAUAACAAGAGGGCAAACAGUGAUGCUGUGGCAAUCUCUGACAUGCAUGCUUAGGUGCUGGGAGAAGCUGCCAACCAAGUUUUCAGUGCUUGCAAGAGAAACUGCUGUAACAAUCUCCCUGCAGUGUCCCAAGAGAGACCCUACAGUAGGAUAUUGCUGUGACAGCUUCUAAGCACCCACCAGUAACACAUUAGCAUAUGAGAAUCUCCAGUGAAAAACAGCACCAGCACUACUGACUUACCUUAAAAUAAUCAGCCUUCCGACGGAAGCCCCUUCCAGUGCCCCUGAAGACCCUACACUACUAAGAAACCAUAGUGCCAGCAUUCCUGAGUGUUUCUGCAAUAACAAGCCACAACCUUGCCACCACUCUGAAUUAUGGUGAAGUAGUAAUGCUUUGUGCAUAGUCCUAGCACCCCCAAAUAAGUGACAUUACCAAUUUAGUACCAGCAUCCUUAAAAAUGCCUAUAACCAGCAUAAAGGAAAAAGAAGCAAAAGCAGUUUUGACUGGCAUGGUGGAAGAGCAUCUCUUGUCUGUUUAGCACGCUAGUGGAAAACUCUGGCCCUCCAGAAGCGGUUGGACUAUGACUUCUGUCAGCCCCAACCAGACAUGGCCAAUGAUCAGAGAUGAUGGGAGCUGCAGUCCAACAGCAUCUUGAGGGUCCAUCAGCCUACCACACUUGUUUAAUAGCUCAUGGGUUUCCUGCAGCUUCUGAAAGAGCAGUUGCAGGAUGGAGCACCUGAAGGGCCUGGGAUGACAUUCCAGAGCCUGUGAGGCUUAAAAUGACAGGCAUAUUGAUCCCAUUGGGGGAGAGGGGAGGCAGGAACUGAGAGAUUCAGGGUGCCCAUGAUUGGGUGACUAACAGCAGGACCAUUAGUUAAGUGUGCCCUCCUAACAUGGGUUGGUGACCCUGCCUUCCUGCCUGCCUAUCCUUCCCAACACUUCUGUAACCAGGCAGGCAUAAUAGUUCCUCCCCCACAAUAAAAUGCCGUGUAAAAACAUCCAGACUGCAGAGGUGUUAUUUGCACCUGCCCCAGAGCUCAAUAUCCAGUUGCCUAUUGGCUGGUGAAAGAAAACCUGGCAGAGAAUGAAGAUCCGCUGAGAAGCAAGUGGACUUUGGAGGACUUCGCUGGAUGGAGAAGUCUCUUCACAGCCACCCCACCCCACCUCAUGGAC